GUCUCAUCGGCUCGAGCCACCUAUCAGAUGUUGAGGUCCAGAUUUAAGACACUUUCAUAAUGGGAGACGCUGCCCUUCUUUUUAUAGGAUCAUAUUAUUACAGUCCUUGUCCCACAACAAUAGAGUCCAAACCUAGAUCAAGCAAGUGGUGGAUUAAGCAAGUGGAUCAUCAAUGUCGUGUUUAUCAGCAGGCCACCACAUCGGGUGGUAAGCAAAACUAUCUUCAUGGUUUGUACCCAAGUAAAGCAACAUAAAGUAGAUAACGGAGCUUCAAGAAACAAACUGUGGGCAGAAAUUCGAGGCAACACACAAUAAAAGAAAAGAAAAAUGUUCUACAUAUGUGCACAUAUAACCAACCAACUCCUAUAUAAGAUAUUGCUGCAGCCUGCAGUACGUAAUACUAGACACCCCAAAUCCAAAAGGACAAAAAAAUUAAAACCCCAAUUUCAAGAACUGAAAAAUGUCCUCUUCUUCUCCUUCUUUCUCUCCACGAGAGCUUCCAUUGAAGCCAAUUCCAGGUGACUAUGGCUACUCUUUUUUUGGCGCCAUUAAAGAUCGUCUAGAUUACUUCUAUAACCAAGGCACUGAUGAUUUCUUUAAAACUCGUAUUCAAAAACACAACUCAACAAUUAUAAAAACAAACAUGCCUCCUGGUCCUUUCAUUGCUAAAAACCCUAAAGUCAUUGCUCUUCUUGAUGCUAUCUCAUUUCCUCUUCUUUUCGACACGUCAAAAGUCGAAAAGAAAAACGUUCUUGACGGAACUUUCUUCCCUUCCGUUUCCUUCACCGGAGGAUAUCGAGUUUGCGCUUAUCUAGAUCCUUCUGAGCCAAACCACACCAAGCUAAAAUCAUUUUUUCUCUCUAUAUUAUCAUCAAAGCAUAAUAUUUUUAUCCCUCUCUUUACUACAUGCUUAAGGCAACUUUUUAUUGACAUUGAAGAAGAAAUGAGCUCUAAAAAUAAAGCUUAUUUCAAUUCUUUAAGUGAUUCGAUGUCUUUUAACUUUGUUUUUCGCCUUUUUUGCGAUAAAGAUCCUUUGAAUACAAAAAUUGGAUCGAAAGGACCUUCUGUUCUUGAUAAAUGGUUAGCUUUACAACUUGCACCACUUGCAACCCUAAAUUUACCUAAAUUCUUUAAAUAUUUUGAAGAUUUCUUGCUUCAUACAUUUCCACUUCCUUUCUUCCUUGUAAAAUCUGAUUAUGGAAAGCUUUAUGAAUCCUUUUAUGAGCAUUCAGGUUCUGUUCUUGAUAAAGCAGAGAGUUUUGGGAUUAAAAGAGAUGAAGCAUGUCAUAAUCUUGUUUUUCUUGCUGGUUUCAACGCUUACGGAGGUAUGAAAGUUUUUUUCCCUACCAUGAUCAAGUGGGUUGCACAAGCAGGAGAAAAGUUACACACUCAACUUGCACAUGAAAUCAGAACCGUUAGAAAGGAUGGUUCAGUCAUUACUUUUCAAGCACUGGAUAAGAUGCCUUUGACUAAGUCAGUUGUUUGCGAAGCUUUAAGAAUUGAGCCUCCGGUUCCGUUCCAAUACGGUAAGGCUAAGGAGGAUAUUAUAGUCCAUAGCCAUGAUGCGGCUUAUCAGAUCAAGAAAGGUGAAAUGAUCUUCGGAUAUCAACCGCUCGCUACUAAGGAUCCUAAAGUUUUUCAUAAUCCUCAUGAGUUUGUGGGCCAUAGGUUUGUAGGAGAAGAGGGGGAGAAACUGUUGAAGUAUCUCUACUGGUCAAAUGAUCGUGAGAUGGUAAAUCCAACGGCAGAGAAUAAGCAGUGUCCGGGGAAAGAUUUGGUGGUGCUACUAGGUAUGGUUAUGUUGGUGGAGUUUUUCUUACGUUAUGACACGUGUACGGUUGAAACGAAGAAGGGACUGGGGUUGGCUUCAUCAGUGACAUUCACUUCGUUGACUAAGGCCACAAGUACUUGAUCAUGGUCAAAAUAUAAAAUAAAAUGAUGAAAACCCAGGUGUAUGAGCCCUUCUUAUUACUUAUUUUGUCCUUUUGGAUGGUGCAAAUUGGGUUUAUACCAUUUUAUUUAUAUAGUUUGAUAAAA